AUGGAAGUGCUAGCAUGAAAUUAAAUCUCAUAUUUUGCUCUUAAAUCUGUAUAUGUAUCAUGAGUUUGGUUCCUCACCAUAUUCUUCACAAAGUGUUGCGCCCAUUAAUAUUGCCCUAACAUUUCUUGUACGAAAUUUGUUGCAUCUUCAAGUGCCGCUGCAGCUUGUAUCAUUCGCCUAGGGUUUUAUUGAGCACCUCAGGCUUUGAUUUGGUGAAUGCCUGCCCAGACAAUGCUAUUCCUUAAAUGCAUUCUCUCACCAUUUAGGUACUAUGUUCUCUUAAAAUGUUCCUCGUUCUCUGCCUCAAAAUUUUCUGAUGCCAUAUCCUCAAAUAGACCUCGAACAGAAGCAGAAGAAUAUUGCAGACGAAAAAUUGCUAUGACCCAAUUCUUGCUCAAUGAAUGUGGGUUUUCUGAGUCCCAAGUUUUAGCGAUUGGUAGGAGGGACGAAGAUUUGUUCAAAGUUAUAUCCAUCCGCACAGCCCAGCAGGCAGUCCAGCUCUUCAGAGACUCGGGUUUCACCGAAGACCAGGUAAGGAAAAUCGUUUUAUUACAACCAAAUACUAUAAAGCUCAAAGUGCAUAGUCAGUUAAAGCCCAAGAUUGAGUUCAUGAAGGCAUUAGGUUUUACUGGCAGUGACCUGGCACACAUCAUAUCUCAAGAACCCAGAUUCCUCGGUUGCAAUUUGGAACAAAACCUAAACCCUAAAGUUCCUUUGCUUGUAGGCAUAUUUGGUUCAAAGCUUAAUCUGUACAAAAUUAUCAUGCGGUAUCCUAGGGUUUUGAUGUGUAAUACUGACAAUAUGAAACCUAACAUAGACAUUUUAAAGCAAUCAAGUAUGCAAGAUGAGCUUCUUUUAUGUAAUCACGGUAAGGCCCGGUUUAAUUUUUCGCAAUGUGAGAAACCUGGGAUUUUGGAGGGAUCGAAAGCAUUUGCGAACGCCCUUGCAGUGGUUGAUAGCUCUGGGCUUGAAAAUUUUGAAAAUAAAUUAAAACUCUUGACAACUCUUGGUCUUCUGGAGAAUGAGAUCCUGAAGAUUGUAAGGUGGUCUCCUAGUACGCUCACUGUUGGCAUUGAUAUGAUAAAGAAAAAAAUGGAUUUCUUGAAAAAUACUGCUGGCUUUCAGCCAAACAUUGUGGUUUCGUAUCCUCGUCUUUUAUGUUAUAGCAUAGAGAAUAGGCUUCAACCACGGCAUAAGGUAAUUGAAUUUUUAAGUGAAACAGAUCCAUCCAGACUUCCCAGAAGUCUAGCUAAAGUGUAUGGACUAAGUGAACAAUGUUUUGCUGACAAGUUUCUGAUGGGCGGUCCUGAGGCGGCAAAGUUUUUUGAAAAGUACAAGGGUAAGUCUACUGUCUGUUGAUCUUGCCAUCAGCUGAAAGACAUUUGUUGAGGUUGGAGCAGACAGAAAGGGGUUUUAAUCAAUUCAGGCAUUUGCAUGAGGUUGGAUCAGACCAAAAGGGGUUUUUAAUUGAUCCAUGCAUUUUCGUUUGGUUUAAUCAGACAGAAAGAUGUUUUAAUCAAUCUGUACCUUUUCUUGUGGUUGGGUCAAACAAAAUGGGGUUUGAUCAAUCCAGACCUUGUCUUGAGGCUGGAGUGGUCCAAAAUGAGUUUUAUAUCAGUCAAAACCUUUUGGAGGCAUGAGGUUUUAGUCUUUAUUCAUUGUAUAUUCAAUGAUACCUCUUGAAAAAUAGUGUCCUUGACUUAACUGUAAAGCAGUAUCCUGAUAGAACAGGACUUUCCAAAGACAAGGAAUUUUGUUUGCCUAAUAAUUUUUAAUUUUUUUUUUUUUAAAAGGUGGCGAGGCCACUUUAUAUAUUUUAUUAAUAUAUAUAUAUUUUUACAACUGGUUCAAGAAGGGCUUCCGAAGAAAAGAACCAGAAAGAAAAACUUCGGUCAUUGCCCACACAAAAGAACAUACAUAACCAUAUAACCCCCGCUAGUCAGAGCUAGAUACAUUUCAUAACCCCACCCAAAAUGCGUUAGCAUAUUAACGCUUACAAGAUCACUAAAAAACAUCAUAAUCAAAAGUAUCAAUUACAAAAUUACAAAAUCCAUAAAGGCAUGAUAAGCCAACCAUGAUGAUAUGUAGAAUCGAGGGUGUGCAAAUGGCAGAAAAAACUCGAACGGCAGCUUGUAUCGUAGAAUUGCCAGAGGAACACAUUAAAGCCAAAAACCAUAUUGGCUGCCACUAGAUGAAGACCUGCAGAAACAAUUCCUGCUCCAAAAAGAGAUGUUAACAAAAAAACAACUGAAAUAUUAUGACUCCAUAUAUGCUGAACCCAAAACCAGCUGAAGAGACAAAUCAGCUGAAGGAGUGCAGGAGGAUGCCAAAACUUGCUGCUGGGGGGCAGCAAGAGGAACAUCCUUGAAUAACCGCCACACAAAUCAUACAAGGACAGAGUAUGACGCGGAGAGAAUAGAGAAACAUAACUACUAAUAACUCAUCACACGCAGCAAGAGAUGCUGCAAAUCCAAAAACCAGCUAAACAGGAGGAAAAACAUCUCAUCAGUAAUGAUGAACGAUUAACAUCGUGGCAGCAAGUCUUGAAGAAUGUGAGAAGAACGAAAACCAAGAAAAGAUGACAGUACAGACAAGUUAUUCAAAAUUUAAAGCUUCUAAGAAUCAGUUCUAUACAUCUAUGAGGACUAUUCAAAAUUCCUGUGCCCCUAGACAUUAUCGUUUAAGAUCAGUUUUCUUAGUCGUUACUUUCUUUUACUGGAAGCUUUCAAUGUUAUGCUGCAUAACAAGAACCGACCAUUUUUUUACCACAUGGUUUAGUGUGGAAUCUUUCAAGACGAGAUGCAGGGAUUGACUAUGAAUUAUGAUAAAAUUCCAUUUUUUAAUAUCAUAUUUUUAUGAAGUAUACAGGUAUUUUUUAAAGUGAUAUUAAUUUUUCAUAAUAGAUUGAUGUGCACAUGUGCACUCUGUAUAUAGAUUCAUGUAAUAAGUCAAUUAAGGUUUGUAUGUGAAGUUGACAACAUUAUUUGCAGUUUAUAAAU